AUCCCGAGCUAUAAAUUAUUGGUCCAGUAGCCUCAAAACAGCAUCGCUUCAUCCACAAACAAAGCAUUUGCAACUCAACUAGAGUUUCCAACUCCCAGCAAAAAAGAACCAACCAUGAUCAACGCCAAGAGAAUUGCUCAACUAGCAAAGAAGUGGCAGAGGGUAGCAGCUCUCGGGAGGAAGCGGUUUACCACAACGGCAACAACAGAAAUCGAAGGGUGCUCAACAGCAGUGGCAGGAAAGGGCCACUGUGUCAUGUACACCACUGAUGGGAGACGGUUCGAGGUGCCAUUGGCAUACCUUAGCACGGUGGUCUUCAGUGAGCUCCUGCGGAUGUCCGAAGAGGUGUUUGGUUUCACGGGCAGCAAAGGAGGGAUCAAGCUGCCCUGUGACGCCAUGGUGAUGGAGUACGCCAUGUCCUUGCUCAGGAGAAGGGCCUCUGCUGAGAUGGAGGCCGCGUUCCUUAGCUCCAUGGUGAUGCCAUGCUACUAUGCAGCUCCACCUGUGGGAGUUAGCCAGCAUGUUAUUGUCUGUAGUUGCUAAUUGUCAUUAUGUUUUGUACUUUUGUAUGUAAAGUAGUUUGAUGUAGGAAACAGGAAAGAGGAUGUUCUAUGCAGAGACUUUUAGUUUUGCAACCGAUUAUCGGAAAAUGUUUACAA